AUGAACGAUAACGCUGAAUCUAUACAUUUCUAUGCUUCUGGAUAUUUACGCACCGAUUCAACUAUAGAGACUGAUCUAACGUCAGUAGUCCCAGGUCCGUCUGUGACAGGUGCCUGGAUACCGCCGAGCGUGUCGGUAUCUCGGAUACAGAUCAGCUUCCGUCUGCGCCGCAGCUACCUCUCCGAGCGGGCAGAAGUUUACUUUAUUUUUACCUUUUUGCGUCCCAGAGGCAUGCAAAACUCCGGCGGUGGGGCUGUAUCCUCCUACCACAACAUUGUUGGUGCUACUUCAUUUUUGUACAACGCAUUCUGCCAUCGUGAAACUGACAAGAUCUUCGCUCUGUGUAGUAGUUGCAUUAUUAAUCAUGUCAUGUUUACCAGCAAAGAUUACGUCUAG